UUUCGAAUGAGGUGGACGCGGCGCGCAGACGUCGGCUGUGACUUCACUCGCUACUCCGCAUCGGCGACCGCGCACCGCAGCAACAGAAGAGGGAAUUAAAAAAAAAAAUGGAAAACCGAUUAAACGCUGGAAUAUGAAAGAGGUCCCCAUCGUUGUCAUACGAACAAUCUAAAGCGCUCCGGGAUGCUGACUGCAAAAGUCUUAUUUUCAACCCACCAAUGGCUUGUUAGAAAAGAAAUAUCACAUAUCUGUGUGAGUGGGGCUGAUCCAAAGCUAAGGGCAACAUGGGACCUCCACUGACGUGGUAACCUGCGCUGGGACCCCUUGUGUAUGAUGAACACAACAUCAACAUCACCUGCGGAGCUGCUGAAUGUGGUGCGGCAGGAACCCUACAAUGGAACCCUGGGCUCUCAGCCGCCCACGAGCUGGGCCCUGGUCCACACGGCCACCCUGGCCUCCUGCUCGCUCCUCCUCAUCCUCAUCUUCUGCCUGGGCUCCUAUGGCAACCUGGUUGUUUUUCUCUCCUUCUUCGACCCGGCCUUCCGCAAGUUCCGCACCAACUUUGACUUCAUGGUCCUCAACCUGUCCUUCUGCGACCUGUUCAUCUGCUGCGUGACCACUCCCAUGUUCACCAUGGUGCUCUUCCUGGAUGCCGGGGGUGGGGUCGGGGGCAUGGGCGUCUCCAAGGCCUUCUGCUUCACCUUCCACCUGACCAGCUCGGGCUUCAUCCUCAUGUCCCUGAAGACGGUGGCGGUGAUCGCCCUGCACCGGCUCCGCAUGGUCCUGGGCCGGCAGCCCGACCGCACGGCCUCCUUCCCCUGCACCCUGGCGCUCACCGCGCUCCUGUGGACCACCAGCUUCACCCUGGCCGCGCUGCUCACCCUGCGCACCUACCCCUGGAGGUCCAGGCCCUGCCUGCCCCACGCAGGCGCGAUCGGGGGCGAGAGCAAGGCGGUCCUCUACCUGUACCUGGCCGACUUCGCCUUCUGCGUCGCCGUGGUGUCCGUGUCCUACGUGAUGAUUGCCCAGGCACUCCGGAAGAACGCCCAGGUGAGGAGGUGCCCCGUCAUCACCGUGGACGCGACGCGCCCGCCCCCGCUCAUCGCCACAGGCUUCGAAGGGGUGCAGUGUGCCAUGCCUGUCCCCGCCCUCUACCGCAACCAGACCUACAACAAGCUGCAGCACGUACAGACGCACACCUACACGAAGAGGAGCAGUCAGGCCGCCGGAGCCGCGGGCGGCCAGGGCGCCCCCUGCUGUCAGCUCAUCUCCUCGGUCAACCUGGCCACAGCCAAGGACUCCAAGGCGGUGGUGACGUGCGUGGUGAUCGUGUUCUCGGUGCUGCUCUGCUGCCUGCCCAUGGCCGUCUCCCUGGCCCAGGACGUCCUGUCCCGGGACAGCGGCUUCCUCCUCUACCAGUUCGAGCUGUGCGGCUUCACCCUCAUCUUCCUCAAGUCCGGCAUCAACCCCUUCGUGUACUCGCGGAACAGCGCGGGCCUGCGGCGGCGCAUGCUCUGGUGCCUGCAGUGCGCGGCUCUGGGCUCCCCCUGCUGCAAGCGCAAGACCCGCCUGCGUGUCGUGGGCAAGGGCAGUCUGGAGGUCAACCGGAACAAGUCCUCGCACCAUGAAACCAACUCGGCCUGCGUGCUGUCGCCCAAGCCCCAGAGGAGGCUGGUGGACCAGGCAUGUGGCCCCAGCCACUCCCGCGACAGCAUUCUGAGCCCGCCGCCCACAGCCAACCGCCGGCCGCGCCCCCCGAGCAGCUCCACGCCCAUCAACACCCGCAUCGAGCCCUACUACAGCAUCUACAACAGCAGCCCCUCGGAGGGGCCCAGCUCACCCAACAGUCUGCUGCCGACCAACUCAACCUUCGGCUUCGCCAAGUCCUACGUGGCCAUGCACUACCACACCCACCAGGAGGUGCUAGAGGACUUUGAGAGUGCUGCUACCCACCAGAUCCCCAUGCCAUCUGUCUGA